GUUUCUCUCUCUUACAUGGGAAGUUGGGAACUACUCUCCCUCUCUCUCUCUCUCUAGCAAUAGAGAGCGCCAACCAUUGCAGAUAAGCCAGCCCAUCAAACGUGACACGUGUCGAGCACAGAUGUCAUUGUGAAUUUCUCCCAGGAUUUUCCUUCUUUCCUCAGAGAACAAAAAAAGAUACAACAAUCUGAACACUUUCUCUCACUACCUAACCGUUAAAACAUCCUUACAAUUCAGAGAGAGAGAGAGAGAACGAUAAUUUUAGAGAUACAAACGAUAGAGAAUGGCAACUGCUUCUUUGGGUUCUUCAACUCUUCUUCAGUCGCAGAUAAGUGGGUUUGGUGGGGGCCUUAAGCUUCAAAAGCCUUCUAUCUCUAACACCAAUUCUCUCACCUCUACAAGAAGAAAUAUUCGAACUGUGGUGCAGGCAACUUCUAGGGUUGAUAAGUUCUCAAAAAGUGACAUCAUUGUUUCACCAUCUAUUCUCUCUGCUAAUUUCGCAAAGUUGGGAGAGCAGGUGAAAGCAGUGGAGCUGGCUGGUUGUGAUUGGAUCCAUGUUGAUGUAAUGGAUGGCCGUUUUGUUCCAAAUAUAACAAUUGGACCUCUUGUGGUCGAUGCCUUGCGCCCUGUGACAGAUCUUCCAUUGGACGUGCACUUGAUGAUUGUUGAACCUGAUCAACGAGUGCCUGAUUUUAUAAAGGCUGGAGCUGACAUAGUCAGUGUACAUUGUGAACAGUCCUCCACCAUACAUUUGCAUCGCACGAUUAAUCAAAUUAAAAGUCUGGGAGCCAAAGCUGGAGUUGUCCUGAACCCUGCAACACCACUAUUCACAAUAGAAUAUGUCCUUGAGGUGGUUGAUUUGGUAUUGAUUAUGUCGGUAAACCCUGGAUUUGGUGGGCAGAGCUUUAUUGAGAGCCAAGUAAAGAAAAUUUCAGACUUAAGAAGAAUGUGUGCUGAGAAGGGGGUGAAUCCAUGGAUUGAGGUAGACGGUGGAGUUGGUCCCAAAAAUGCAUAUAAGGUUAUUGAGGCUGGAGCCAAUGCUUUGGUUGCUGGUUCUGCUGUCUUUGGAGCUCCUGAUUAUGCUGAAGCCAUAAAGGGAAUCAAAACCAGCAAAAGGCCUGUAGCAGUUGCUGUAUAAUAGAGGUUUGAACUCCAAGAGAUCUGAUUCAAGUCAAUGUGUGGCAUUAGCACUAUUUGAUUCCCAUAUAACAUCCAGAAGCAGUUUGCUCAUGUUGUCAAAUAUACAUUUACAUGGUUGAUUUCUCUGGUGUCACUUAUGAAAUUAAUAAGAAAAAUAAGUUCUUAAGAGAGCUACAGUGAGACAGAAUGUUUGUAACAUAUCUUGCAAAGGAGCAUGCUGAUUCGAAGCUUGUCUGCAGUAUUUUUCCUUGUAACAAAUCUCUCUACCAUGAAUAACAAGCCUAAUAAGCUGUUUUUCGUGUCAAUCUUGAAUAUAUACCCAUUGAUGUUCAAAUAUUGGAAUUUCAGUGCAUUAACCAACUAUGAAGAAAUAAG